GAUUCCGACGACGGGUGUUACGACCCUGACAGUGACGAUGACGCCGGCGAGUGCCAAUCAUAAUUGGGCGAUGAGCCCAGUUCAGAGUUCAAUUGCCAGGUUUUGAAGUAUGUCAUUGUCGACCAGUGUAGACAGGUCGUCGGUUUGUUCCGGUGUGAGUGGCGCCAGCGACAGGGACGCUCACACAGCCGUGGCAGCGAGCUCGGCCGUCUCAGCCCAACUGCCACUUGUUCUAUGUUUCGUCCAUCUUCGCAAGUAAUCCGACGAGCUUCUCUUCGGCGGGGGAUGCUACCGAGACACUCACAAAGUCGCCCAACUUCCAGCUUUGUGAAGAUAGUCGAGGUUGGUCCCCGGGAUGGUCUCCAGAACGAGCAGCGCCCGAUUUCCCCAGCUAUUAAGGCCGAGCUUAUAAACCGACUUGCUCGUGCUGGAAUGCGAAAUAUCGAAGUAGGGAGUUUCGUUAGUCCAAAGUGGGUUCCGCAGAUGGCAGGUACAUCAGAGGUUCUGUCCUUGAUCGAACCAGUAGCUAACACGAGCUACUCCGUCCUGGUACCCAACCAAAAGGGCCUCGACGAUGUCCUCAAUCUCCUCUCACGGAACUCUUCCCCACCACCCAUCACUGAAAUAGCUGUUUUUACCUCAGCGACGGACGCUUUUUCCAAAGCUAAUACCAAUGCCACUGUAGCUGAGUCAUUGGCUCGUCUAGCUCCCGUAGUGCGUGUGGCCCUUGAUGCUGGCCUGAGGGUACGCGGCUACGUCUCUGUCAUCAUAACAUGCCCCUACUCCGGAAGAGUAGACCCACGGAGAGUCCGAGAAGUAGCACGUGAACUGCUGAAGAUGGGUUGCUAUGAGGUUAGUCUGGGGGAUACCACCGGUGCAGGCACGCCCGCAAGUGUCCGUGCUGUUCUGGAAGAAGUGACAAAGGACAUCAGCGUUAGCCAGUUAGCUGGACACUUCCAUGAUACCAACGGCACGGCACUCGCCAACAUCAAGACGGCUCUUGAUUUUGGUCUAAGGGCCUUUGAUGCCUCCGUGGGAGGUCUGGGAGGUUGUCCGUACUCGCCAGGUGCAACGGGCAACGUGGCUACCGAGGACGUCGUGUAUGCCCUCGUGGGAGAGGAUUCGUAUGGUGACGUUGGUGAACCUUACUCAGAUAGCCCUGUUGUGCAAGGGCCUGCGUGGGAUGUUGGACCAGUCUCUCUUCCAUUGCUGGCAGACACCGGCUCAUGGAUCUCAAGCGUUCUUACGAGAGAGACCACAAGCCGAGCCGGAAAGGCUUUGUUAGCUCGUAAGGAGCGCGAGCGGAGACUGUCGGAGUCGGCCCAGGCAAAACUCUAACGCAGGGAGAGGUGGGCUUCGCCAUUGGUACGCUUUUUGGUUCGUGGACUCUUUCUUUUGUACCUGUAAGGACGACAUUGCUAUUCGUGGAAGCUUUCGUUACUGUCUGUGGUUUUCCUUGCACUUCCCAUGACUUUUAGAACAAACAUUAUCACAGGACC